AAAAGGAAAAAAAAAAAAAGAAAAAAAGAAAACGCCUUCUUCGAUCGCCGUCUUUGUCUUAGAGCGCAGCCUCGGCCCGGCGCUCUUGCGAUGCUGCGACAAGGUGACAGGCGACGCGUGUAACCGGGAACCGAGGCGCGUGUCCGCUUUUUGAGGAGCUCGGCGCGCGCGCUGUCAUGCUGCCACACUGACCGGCUCUGCAAUAAAUAGUGUGACCGGAGGUAAGCGCGAGAGCGGAAAGCGGCGCGCCGACACGCGACCAGCCGCGCAGAAGCUUCGGGGGGAAGCGGAGCCGCCCUGUGCGUCCAGGUUAGACGUGUCCUUCAUCGCCGCGUGGGGAGUGCAUGCCAUUGACGUCAUCGCGGACCCGUAAAGCAGCACGCGAGCAGGAAAAAAGGUGGGCGGAGGACUAUGGAGGGUACGGAGCAGUCGGACUCGCAGGAGGUGAACGCUGUGUACCUGCAGCAGCUGCGAGAGCUGGACAUCCCAGAGGAGGCGGCCAAGCAGGCCCUGCUCCACACCAGGAAUGUGUCCGCGGAGGAGGCCGCCAUGUAUUACUUCAACAAGCUGGAGAAUGAGGAGGAAGGUGAUGAUGAUCUUAUAUUUAAGAUGGUAUUUGUGGUGAACAUGGACCUGUCCAUGGGAGUGGGAAAGGUGGCAACACAGGUGGGGCAUGCUGCUGUGGGGCUCUACCAGGUUCUGCAGGAGAAGAACAGCUGGAGAGAGAUGGCUUGGAAGUGGGACCACACUGGGUCAAAGAAGGUGGUGAUGCAGGGCAGUAACACGGCUCACCUGCUGGAGCUGCAGGCUCUGGCCAUGAGCCUCAGUCUGCCCACGUACCUGGUGCAGGAUGCGGGACAGACGCAGGCGGAGCCUGGAUUACACACUGUCCUGGCGUUGAUGGGAGAGGAGGAGCUGCUGAACAACGUGACCGGAAGCUUGCAGCUGCUCUGAGAAAUGGGGGUGUUGUGCCCUGCUGUGCCACGGGACAGUCAGCAGGGGGCCACAUCACCCUCCCUGUAGGAGCGUCUGUGGCACAUGAGGGGGGCACCAAAACCUCCACAGAUGCUCAUCAUUUUUUUUGUUCUGUUCCUUCACCUGUGAUUGGAAGAACAGAAACCCACUUAUUUUAAGGAGGAUAACCGGAUUCCAAUGAAAAUAACAUUUCUUGUUUUUACUUAAUUUGAAUGAGAUCCCUUAGCACUAUGUUCAUAUACUGUCUGUUGCUUUCACCACUUCCCCCAAAAUACUGUAAAUUAUUGGACCCUGAUUAAUUACCGUAUUUACUUGAAUAUAACUUUCACUUUUUUCCCCAAAAGUUAAAAAAUCCGGGUGCGAGAUACAUGCGGGAAUUUCUGAAACUAAAGUUUCUCGGGAAAAAAUUAAAUUGACGUUUAUAAUUAAAUCUUCAGUAUUCAUUAUAAUUUAUAAUUGCUCACAUUCUUUAGAAAAUUCUUUACGCAACCUAACACAUAUUCAAACAACUCGUCCUCCAAUGCAGGAAACUUUCUACAUUUAGUUCCUCGGAAUGCUUUUCUUGACUUAUUGGUGUUUUGUAAUGCAAGUUUCUGUUUAUGCCAAUAUCACACAUAACACUCUGUAAACUGUCACUGUAAACUCACGCCCUGCUGCUCGAUUGCCCUGUUUUUCUGUGAAAUCAAUAACUUUGAGUUUAAAACCAGCACUCUAACUAGAACGUUUCUCCACAUUUCAAGCAAAAAUUACUGGUAAUUUCCAAAACUUGAGAUACUUUACGAAGAAUGCUUCAGGAAUGACUUAUGAGAAGUGAUCUGAAAGCGGAGCGUGAAACGGACAACAUUGGUAGGCGACUCAUCAACAAAGGCGAGCCAACAAUUGUUGAAAUGCUGAUUCUCUUUAACCGAAUUCCAAAAUAUCUGAAACUGCUGUAACAACAUUGAUUGAUUAUCUAUUGCUUACAGCUUUAAACUUUUUUCAUGUGCGAGGUAUAUGCGAAACUUUUUAAUUUCUUUUUUCGUAAAGUAAAAUUAGGAGUGCGAGGUAUACGUGAGAACAAGUUAUAUUCAAGUAAAUGCGGUAGUUAUUUGCUUAAACAUGGUACUGCAUAUAAUUCAAAGCUACAUUUUACUUGUUGUGAAAAUCUGCUCUGUUACUUUAUAAGGUUUCAAAGUUGACAAUAUUGCUCUCCCCAAAGGAUAGCAUAGAAAGGUUAUAGAAAGGCUGUAGAAUGGGAAAUAUGUUAAUGUAGUUUUCGUGUUUGUUGCUGUGCAGUCAUUCAUUCAUUCAGUGCCACAGUCCACCUGGUGGCAGGUAGAGCUAUACUGUAAAAGUUGUAUCAAAACUGUCUGGAUUUUUCUGCCGAAAAUCCUGUAUUCACGUGUUUCUCUUUCAUUGACUUCCCUUCCCCUCCCAUUAUCCCUUGUGUCAUUUGAUAUUUCUGUAAAGGAAGGUUUUCUUAAAUCUUACCUGGCACACACUACAGCUUUCCAGAAAAUAUCAGGAGUAAGCAAGUCAGGGUGCAGAAAAGGAAAGGUUUUAUUUGGUGCUGUGCUGAGUCAUGAGAUGCCCUUCGUCUUCCCAGUCAUGGAAUGUGCAGCAGGAUGGGGUGUACGUUCUUUAUUUUGUUCCCAACAACAGAGAGAACUGACACCGAUACUGCUCAGGUGCUGUAUUUAUGUAUAUAGUGCACAGGCAACAUGCAUCAGUUAUAUUGUAAAGAGGCAGCUUAAAAAUCAAGUGUUCUGUUCUUUUUAUUUUUCAGUAUUUGUGAGGAUCGGUGGAAAAUUGUGCUAUCGCUUUCAUUUUACCAUACACUGUACACUGCAGCCUUGCUGGACAGUAACAAUAAGUACAGCCUGCACCAAAAUGUAAUAACUCUGCUGUUUUGUUUGCUUGCACUUCUUUCUUCAGUGAACUCUUAACUUGUUUAUUCUGCGUGACUAUUAA